ACUCCGGCAGGCUUCGGUGGUGGUUGUCCCGGCUGGGCUCCCAGAGACGACGAACAGAGCAGAGACAAAGUUAGAGCGGAGUGGAAGAGAGGACGCAGGAUCGGAACGGCUUUCGCAGUGAAGUAGAGGAGAGCUUUGAGCUGCAACUAUGAGCCCUCCUGGGAACACUUAAACCACACCGGGUGGGCUGAGAUGGCCUCGGAGAGGAUGGCGAGCCCCCGGAGCAGCUCCAGGCAGAGCAGCUCGCUCUCUUCGUCCCAGAUGAGGCAAGUGGCGGCGACGUGUGCACAGAAACGCGGCCAAAACAACGCAUUCAUUGCCCGCAUGCAGUCGCUCCACGUGGACUCUGUCCAGCGCUGGAUGGAGGACCUCCGCCACAUGACGGAGGUGGAGUGCAUGUGCGUCCUGCAGGCCAAACCCAUCGGCGUGGAGGAGGACGCCCAGCAGGGGGAGCUGAUUGUGGCGGUCGGCGCCGGCGACCACGUGGCCAGGAACAACCUGCAGACGCUGCUCCGCCGGGCGCUGGUGGUCAGCACGGAGCUCGGCAAGAUGUUCCAGCGCCUGGAGAAAGGACGCUGGCAGAGGGUCCACAGCACCGCCGUGAGGGCCAACUGCCACGUGCGCUCGCUGGUGCACGAGUACAGCGCCGCCCGCAGCACGCCGCCGGAAAUGCAGAAGUACGAGAGAUCUCUGCUGGAGAAAUGUCUGGAGCUGACCAACAUCACCGAGAGGUGCCUUCACAGCGAUGACGAGUUCUUCCUGAAGUCCAUGAGGGAGGCCAUCCACGACAUCCUCACGGACGUCAGCGACUCCUUCAGCAACAUGAUCGACAUGGCUCUAGCCAACGAGAUCCGGCUCCUGAUCAAACAGAUCGACUCAUCGGACAGCGUUCACACGAUCGGCAGCGCCAUCAGCAACCUGCUGUCCCUCACCCAGGACGGCCCUCAGCUCUGCAGCAUCAUCGCCAAGGAAGGAGCUGUGGUCGUCCUGUUCAAGAUCUGCAGGCAGGACCGCUUCAGAGACCUCUACGCUCACGCCCUGAGAACCGUGGCCUCCAUCUGCUGCGUGGAGGAGGGAAUCAACCAACUGGACAAGGUGGACGGGAUCCUGUGCCUGGCCGACAUCCUGACGGACGAGGGCAGCGUGGAGGCGGCCCGGGCCGAGGCGGCGGCGGUGGUGGCUCAGGUCACCUCGCCUCAUCACACGUCCACUCAGCACCUGGCCAGCUUCCUGGAGAGCAUGCACGACAUCGUCACCGCGCUCAUCAAUCUAUGCGAGAGCGCCUCCUGUGGGGAGGUGUUCCUCCUGGCGUCCGCGGCUUUGGCCAACAUCACCUUCUUCGACAGCAUGGCCUGUGAGAUCCUCCUGCAGCUCAACGCCAUCCGCAUCCUGCUGCAGGCCUGCAGAGACCGCCAGAGAGUGGACACGCCCUACUCCAAAGACCAGGUGGUGACAAUCUUGGCAAACCUUUCCGUUUUAGAGCAGUGUGCCCCUGAAGUCAUGCAGGACCAAGGGAUCGAGCGCCUGCUGCUGCUGCUGGGGGAGAAGCCGACCUCCCCGAGCCCGUCGGAGGGCGCCGCCUGUGAGCGCGUCCAGCAGAAAGCUGCCGUCACCUUGGCCCGCCUGAGCAGAGACCCCGACGUGGCCCGAGCAGCCAUCCGGCUCAAUGCGGUUCCUUUCCUCAUUGAACUGUGUCGCUCCCCGACCGAGAGAAACAACAGCGACUCGGUGCUGGUCGCUUGCCUGGCCGCCUUGAGGAGGCUGGCAGCCGGGUGUCCGGACAGCAUUGAGGCGGCCGACCACCAGCAGCUCAUCAAACCGCGGCUGGUCGACUCCUUCCUGCUGUGCUCCAACAUGGAGGAGAGCUUCGUAUGACGGAUCGACGUCGUGCACAAGUACUCCAGAGCGCUGCAUUUCGC